CACAAUAUUUGUAAUGACACAUGUUCAAAGGUUAUGUUAUAUCAUGAAGAAGGACAAACAUGAGAAUCAUAAGAAUACAAAAGAAUGACUAAAAACGUUGAUAAUAAUUGUGCCAUUGACACAAAAGUCGUGAUAUAACACAUUUUUCCGACAAAAAUUUUUUUUUUUUAAAUUGGAAAUUUAUUGCACUUACAAACUAAAAUUUUAUUGUGUUAUUUGAUUAUAUAUAUAAUAUUCUAUUAUAUAUAAGAUAUAAUAUGAAACGACAAGAAGAAAGUUUAGCAGGUUGGAGUUUUAUAUGGUGGUUAUUUAAAUUCUUCGGUCUUCCAAUCACCUUCCCUUGGCUAAUAUAUCACUUUUUCGAUAUUAUACAGCUAAAACGAAAAAGAGCAGCUCUUACCAGCAAGGUGGUAAUGAUAACGGGUGCAAGUUCUGGCUUAGGAGAAGCUUUGGCUCAUAUAUUCUAUAGUUGUGGUUGUAGAAUUAUCUUGGUGGCUCGUAGAAAAGAGGAACUAGAAAGAGUAAAAAAUGACUUAAUGAGUACUCAUCAAACAGUUCCAACUCAUCCACCCAUUAUUGUGUCGCUAGAUUUAACUAAUAUUAAUAAUUUAAAAGAUGAAGUAAUAAAAGCUAUAUCAAUACAUGGCAGAAUUGAUGUUUUAAUAAAUAAUGCUGGAAUAUCAUAUAGAGGAGAAGUUAUUAAUACAAAUGUCGAUGUAGACAUAAAAGUAAUGGUGUUAAAUUAUUUUUCUCAAAUUGCUUUAAGCAAAAUUGUUCUUCCAUUUAUGAUGGAACAACAAUCUGGCCAUAUAGUUGGUAUAAGCAGUGUUCAAGGAAGAAUCGCUAUUCCAUUUAGAUCUGCAUAUGCUGCAUCUAAGCAUGCAUUACAGGCUUGGUAUGACACAGCCAGAGCAGAGUUGUCUGAUAAAAAUAUUAAAUUUACAAUUGUUAAUCCAGGAUAUAUUAAAACAUCUCUUUCACUUAACGCUUUAACAGGAAAUGGACAAAUUUAUGGAUUAAUGGAUAAAACAACUGAAAGUGGUUAUCAGCCAGAGUACGUAGCUGAAUGUAUUUUGAAAUCUGUAUUGAAGCAAGAGAAAGAACUUACAAUCGCACCAUUUUCUCCAAGAUGUGCUAUUGUACUUAGAACUUUGUUUCCUUCGCUGUUUUUCUGGAUUAUGCAAAAACGUGCACAAAAGUUGGCAAAAGAUAACUAAUUUUAUAUUGAUCGUAAGUUUCUUGCUAUUUAAUUAUAAAAAUAAGGUAACUUGAUUUCUCGUGGUCACAAUGGGUUUAUAAAUAUUUUUUUGUAUAAAGUAAAAUUCCUAUGUAUAAAAUAAAAGAUUCUCAUAAUAUAAAA